AUGCCGACCCACGGAUCAUGGCGGAGUCUCUCGUUGCUACUGUCGCUGCUGCUGGCACCAGCGACACAAGCCAUUACGAUUGAUCCUACCAACCGCCAAUCGGUCAUCGAUGCGGCGAGCGAGGCGGCGUACGGUAUGAUGACAUGGUACGCCGGGAACGAGACCGGCCAGAUUCCUGGAAAGCUGAUCGACACCUGGUGGGAAGGCGGUGCGAUGUUUAUGGCUCUUAUUCAAUACUGGCAUUUCACCGGUGAUACAACCUACAACAACGAAGUGACUGUGGGUAUGCAAUUUCAGGCGGGGUAUGGCGACUAUAUGCCGUCGAAUUACAGUAAUUAUAUUGGUAACGACGAUCAAAUGUUCUGGGGUCUCGCUGCCAUGACGGCGGCUGAGCUGGGAUACCCCGAAGCGUCCACUGGUUAUUCUUGGCUUUCGCUCGCGCAAGGUGUCUUCAACACGCAAAUCGACCGAUGGGACACGACCGCUUGCGGUGGAGGAAUGAGAUGGCAGAUUUGGGGCUGGGAGGCUGGCUAUACGAUGAAGAACAGUAUCUCCAACGGCGGUCUCUUCCAGCUGGCCGCGCGACUGGCCCGAUAUACUUAUAACGAUACCUACGCCGUGUGGGCAGACAAGAUCUGGAAGUGGAGUGUUGCGAGUCCGCUGGUCAACACCGCGACCUGGGAAAUUGGCGAUUCGGUCAGCAUGGGCGACAAUUGUACGACUGUGGAUUCCACGCGAUGGUCAUAUAAUUACGGCACAUAUCUUAGCGGAGCGGCAUAUAUGUACAACUAUACCAACGGAUCGACCGAAUGGUUGACCCCGGUCAAUGGACUCUUGACCGCAACUUGGAACACCUUUGCAUCCGACGCCUACGGCAACAUUCUCACUGAAUUCGAAUGCGAAACGACGGAAAUCUGCAACCGUAACGAGAUUCUCUUCAAAGGCCUUACUGCUGGCUGGAUGGCCUUGGCCGCUUUGAUCGUUCCGUCGAUAUACGGCACGAUCGUGCCGAAACUGCAAGCAUCUAGCGCCGCCGCCGCCGCGUCCUGCUCGGGCGACAACAACAACACCUGCGGAGUGAAAUGGUACACUAAAUCCUGGGACGGCGAGAUCGGACUGGAAGAGCAAAUGAGCGCUUUGAAUAUCUUUUGGUCGAAUCUAAUCAUGAUGCCCAACGCUAGUGCAUAUGCUCCGCUCACGUCGCGCACAGGAGGAAACAGUAGCAGUGAUCCUACCGCGGGAACAAAAGAUUCGACCAACAAGGCCUCAAAUUUGAAGGCUAUCACUUCCGCUGAUAGAGCCGGAGCUGGUAUUCUGACUGCUCUGUUUGCUGUUGUCAUUAUCUCAGUCGUCUACUGGACGGUGGCAGGCAGUGAAUAA